CCUUCAUUCCGCUUCGGUCGCUGAUCCUGUGCUGAACGCGUCCUGUCGCUCGCCUCCCUCGAUUUGCAUUUGAAAAACAUUCCGUUUUUUACGAAACAAGUGAACUUUAUUCAAGAGAAAUAACAACAAAAAGAACGUACUUAUAGUUGUAUUUGUGUGUGCUAAAAGUUGUGAUUUUGUUCUAACAAGUGGAGAUUGGCUGCCUGCCAAAGGAAUUGGAUAUCCACCUAGGCAGCACCUAAAUAUGGUUUACUUUAGUCCGCGUGGCAUGCAACCGUGUAGUCCAGCGGGAGAAGUCGCAAUGAUGCCGCCGUCGAAGAGUCCCGUCAUGGAGAGCGCCGCCUCCGAACAGAAUCCUGGCCAGCAGAGUCAGCAGGAUGAGCAGAGCGCCAAGCGGGCGUGUCCCUUGAAAUUCUCGAUAGCCAAGAUCAUGGAACCCGAUCACAGGCCCAGCCAAGUGCCACCACCACAACCGGCUCCUAUUUCAUUUAUUACCAACGAUGACGACGAGGAUGAGGACCCAGAAAUCGAUGCCGAUUCCGAGCGUUCCUGCAGUCCCAUUGAGGUGAUCAGUUUGGAUCAUUCACCAACGCCAGUGAAUUAUGACUCGGCUUUCAAGAAGUAUGUGCCGGGUCCCUGCAUUGGUGCCUCAUCAUCGGUGGCUUCACCUUCAAGCACCGCUGCUGUCCAGCAGUUUGUGAGCUCCCGCCACCAGGAGUUGCUAUCCCAGUAUCCACUGCUGUACUAUGCACCCAAUCAGCUGAUGUGCGCCGCUGCCGCUGCUCAAUAUGCGGCAUUGACGGCCCAACAACAAUCACUGGCCAGUGCUGCUCAUCUGAGCAGUUUCACCGCUUCUCUAAAUGCCAGUUUGCAUCAUUCUCAGUCACUGAGACGGAAUCUUGGUCAUCCUUUGGCCGCAGCAGCUGCUGCAGCUGCGGUGGCUCAGUCCCAGGCAGUGCCCAAUCUUCAACAGAGUUUGGAAAAGUCACCAGUGGCUCAGAGGACAGCUCAAAGUUCGGGAUUGCAAGCUAAUCUGAAGAGAAAACGAUCGCCGCAGGAUCAGGGUGAGGUGACACCUCCACCAGCUUCGACUGCUACUUCUACUGCUGGAGCACGAUCUCGCUCUCCGUCGCCUCAAGGAUCCAUAGAGGACAGCAGUCCAGGAUCCGCCAGUGGUGGCAAGCCCAAGACCUUCUCUUGCCUGGAAUGUGGCAAAGUGUUCAAUGCCCACUACAACCUCACCCGCCACAUGCCCGUACACACUGGAGCCAGACCUUUUGUAUGCAAAGUCUGCGGCAAGGGAUUCCGUCAGGCUUCGACUCUCUGCCGGCACAAGAUCAUCCAUACAUCCGAAAAGCCACAUAAGUGUCAGACUUGCGGCAAGGCCUUCAAUCGCUCCUCCACUCUCAACACCCAUUCGCGCAUCCAUGCCGGCUACAAGCCCUUCGUUUGCGAGUACUGCGGCAAGGGAUUCCACCAGAAGGGCAACUACAAGAAUCACAAGCUGACCCACAGUGGCGAAAAGGCCUACAAAUGUAGCAUCUGCAACAAGGCCUUCCACCAGGUGUACAACCUCACCUUCCACAUGCACACGCACAACGACAAGAAACCCUAUACCUGUAGGGUUUGUGCCAAGGGAUUCUGCCGGAACUUUGAUCUGAAGAAGCAUAUGAGGAAGCUGCAUGAGAUUGGCGGUGAUUUAGAUGAUUUGGAUAUGCCACCAACUUAUGACAGGAGAAGGGAAUACACCCGUAGGGAACCACUUUCUUCUGGCUAUGGUCAGGCUUCAGGACAACUUACACCGGACUCGAGUUCGGGAAGUAUGUCGCCACCGAUAAAUGUGACCACUCCGCCACUUUCCAGCGGAGAGACAAGCAAUCCAGCCUGGCCCAGAUCCUCCGCCGCACAGUAUCCAGCUGGUAGUUUUCAUCACCAACUGGGAGUUGCUCCACCACAUGAUUAUCCCAGUAGCUCCGCCUUCCUGCAACUCCAGCCGCAGCAGCAACAUCAGCAAAAUCCGCAACAUCAUCAGCAACAGCAACAGAGACUCUCGGAGACCUUCAUAGCCAAGGUGUUUUGACAGCGAUACUAUGCUGAUAGCUUGAAUAGCUCCACCACGGGGUCGACCUCGACGACCAGCUCCACGGUGACGACCACCACAACGACCAUAUCAUCUAUGGCCACUUCAAGGAGCGAUCUGUUGAUCGACUGACUGCAGUUUGUGGCAGCGGCAGCCGCUGCUAGCAGUUCGAAUUCCGGGCAGGAUCCAGGCGAAUCGCCGUCCCCGGAACUCGGAUGUACGGCCCUGGGCAGUGCUGUCCGGGCAUUGAAUGGACUCUUCUAAGGCAGAAAGAUUUACCCACCUCUAUCCACAACACCCAGAAGAACCUCAACAGCCACCAACAAUGGUUUCAACUUGUGCAAUACCCCACUCAGAAGAUGAUGAUGAUGACCCCAAACCGCUCAACACAUUUAUCCAACAGAACAUUUUGUAUAUAGCAUAGCCCUAAGAUGUCCCUUGGAAAAUCUAUAUUUAAGCCACUCUCUCAAUGUAUAGAUGUAGUUAAAAGAUUUAUCUAGUUAGUCACGAAUUUAUAAGUCUCUGAGUUCUAUGUAGAUCAGCUACAUAGAUCAUCUAGAGCAGAGUUUCGAUAUAGGAAAAGAUGUUUUUGGCAUUGUGUUAGAGCUUUUUCUGGGAUCUGUCAACCAAAAUACAUAAAUGCGAAUGUAUCUUAGAGUUGUACUAGAUAUCUGUACUGUAUGUAUAUCCCUAAGUGUCUGUGUAAUCCAACGCAAAAGUAUAAAAAAAAUUGAGAAAACAUUUUAACGAUGAUCGAUCGAAUGCAUUGAAUUUGUUUAGGUCUUAAGUGAUAUUAUUGAUAAUGUUUAAGCAAUAAAUCAAUUCUUCAAUUAUUAAAUGGCAAAAAUGUUUUUAUUGACUAAAGGAAAAAUGAUGGAAAAUUAAGGGAAAACUCUGUUCAGUUUAAAAAUCCCGAUAACCCCUCCAACAUAUAUGCAAAUAACUGAGCAACGGUGUGGGCUGUCAUUGAGUUUGUCUCCUGCGAUUCUUAAAAAAUGCAAAUGGGAUGCGAAAUGAAAACAAUUAUUGCUGCAUUACUCGUGCCCAAGAGUCGCGUUUAAUGGGCUCUAAACUGUCGCCACGUCUGCCGCAUGACAUUUGCAACUUAAUUAGUGGCGACCAGCCUCCAUUUUCCCAU